CAUCUGGUCAAGCCACUUCCAGCUGUCUCCACCCCCUCAGCUGUUUUGCCACUAGGAGUAGUAUCCUUGGAGAAUCCCCCACAGAGGACGAGGCCCACUCGAGCGACAGAGUAAACCAGAGAGAAGCAGACGCAGGAGAAAAUGAGAUCUCUGCUGGUGAGUCGCUUACAAUCCCUCCGAUGCUUCACGACUUCAGCCCGGCAAAUGGAAAACAAAGUCCCUGAAUUUCAGAAGAUCUUCCAGGCGGACAACGACUUGCCGGUGCACCUGAAAAGGGGGAUAUCCGAUAUGUUGAUGUAUCGCGCCACCAUGCUCCUUGCAGCUGGGGCCACUAGCUAUGCGGUCUAUUGCAUUUAUGACCUUGGAAAAAUCAAGAAGCAUUGAGAAGGAAGCCGGGAAUGCCAGCCCAGACCCUGCUGGGACCCCCACCCUAUCCCACUUCACCCACCCACCCCUGGCUGCCGCUCCUGUGCAGAAAACUCCGGAAGCAGAUAAGAGCAAUUUUGGGGCGCUCGCAAGACCCAAAUCUGCAAGGAAAGGGGUUUUUGUUUUCAAAGCGUACACGAUCCCUAGAGCGACACGAAUAAACAAAGACAACAAAAAA